AUGGCUCAGCUCGCUUCGUUCAAGGUUCCCGUUAUCAACAACGAGCCUAUGCGCUCGUACGCCCCCGGCUCGGCCGACCGCAAGGGUCUCGAGGCUGCGCUCCAGCGCGUUGCUGCCGCGGCACCUUACGACGUCCCUGCCAUUGUCAACGGCAAGGAGAUCCGCUCGGGUGACAAGCAGGGCCAGCCCAUGCCCCACGACCACGCCAAGAACCUCUCCGUCUACCACGCCGCCACCGCCGAGACGGUUACCAAGGCCAUUGACGGCGCUCUUGCCGUCAAGCCAGAGUGGGAGGACAUGCCGUGGGCCGACCGCGCUGCCAUCUUCCUCAAGGCCGCCGACCUCAUCGCCGGCAAGUACCGCUUCGACAUCAUGGCCGCGACCAUGCUCGGUCAGGGCAAGAACGCCUGGCAGGCCGAGAUCGACUCGGCUGCUGAGCUCGUCGACUUCCUCCGCUUCUCGGUCAAGUUUGUUGAGGAGCUUUACACCCAGCAGCCCUCGCGCAACUCGGACGGUGUCUGGAACCGCACCGAGUUCCGUCCCCUUGAGGGCUUUGUCCUCGCCGUGACUCCCUUCAACUUUACUGCUAUUGGCGGUAACCUCGUCGUUGCCCCCGCCAUUGUCGGUAACGUUGUUGUCUGGAAGCCCGCCCCGGCCGCCAACUACUCGAGCUACCUCCUUUACAAGAUCCUCGUCGAGGCUGGUCUCCCCGACGGUGUGAUCCAGUUCGUUCCCGGCUCGCCUCCCGACAUUGUCAAGCAGUGCAUCGACCACAAGGAGUUUGCUGGUCUCCACUUCACUGGCUCGACCCACGUCUUCCGCAAGCUCUGGAAGGACAUUGCCAACAACAUUGACCUCUACCGCAGCUACCCCCGCAUCGUCGGUGAGACUGGCGGUAAGAACUUCCACGUCUACCACCCCUCGUCCGACAUCAAGCCCGGUGUCAUCCAGGCCAUCCGUGCUGCGUUCGAGUACUCUGGCCAGAAGUGCUCGGCUCUCUCGCGCUGCUACGUUCCCCGCUCGCUUUGGGAGGGUGGCUUCCAGGAGGAGCUCAUCAAGCAGGCUGGCUCGAUCACCAUCGGCCCCUGCACCGAGUUCCAGCACUUUACUGGCCCCGUCAUCGGCCGCCCAGCGUUCGACCGCAUCACCGGCAUCAUUGAGAAGGCCAAGCAGGAGGGCGCCGAGGUCAUUGUCGGUGGUACUGCCGACGACUCGAAGGGCUUCUUCGUCCAGCCCACGGUCAUUGUCACCAAGGACCCCAAGAGCAUCACCAUGACCCAGGAGAUCUUCGGCCCCGUCAUGACCGUCUACGUCUUCGAGGACUCUGAGUGGGACCAGACCCUCGAGCUCAUCGACACCACCACCGAGUACGGCCUCACUGGCGCCCUCUUCGGCCGUGACCGCCUCGCCGUCACCAAGGCUGCUGGCAAGCUCCGCAACGCCGCCGGCAACUUCUACAUCAACAACAAGUCGACUGGUGCCGUCGUUGGACAGCAGCCAUUCGGAGGAGCUCGUGCUUCGGGCACCAACGACAAGUCGGGCUCGAUUUCCAUCUUCUACCGGUUUGUUUCGGCCCGUUCGAUCAUGGAGAGCUUUGUCGACCCCACCGAGUUCUCGUACCCCUCCAACCUUGUUUAA